AUGUGCGCGAUUAUUCCCCUUAUUAUUAUCAUUAUGAGGAAACCCACAGACAGUGAGUCAUUCUGGAGUUUUGGAAAAGAACGGGACUUCAAACCUCACAUUAGACACGUUGAGCCUGUGCUCACUGAAUGUGACCUUGACUGGAAAUCCCAUCUGCGCUGGAUACCUGAACCUCGAUACAGCGACGCCCCAUUUCCACACAUCAAAGACAUAAAGUUUCCCAGUGGAAAAAAACUCAUGAGAUCAUUCCCACAGGCUAAUAUGGUGUCUGGGUCGGAAUGGAGUUUUUAUCCAAACCUUGGACAGCCCAAGACCUAUCACACUGGAAAAAGAUGUUAUAUGGAUGGUAUUAAUCAUACAAGGAGCGUAAGAUGCAUUUCAGAAAAUUCCCUGGAAUCAUCUAUGGGGAAGAAAAAGCAUGUGACAGAAAAAUACAGCAAUUACGCAUCAGGAAAGGUCAGACCAUUUCUAGUUCCUGAGUACAGCCCUGACUUUCAUAAAUAUGAAUCAGCAGCAUGGUGCACAACCAAUUUUGGGUCCAGUUCUUUCGGUGCAUUGAAGUCACUUAUUCAUCUAAAACCCCCAACAAAAUAUAUCAGUCCACCACAUGCAAAGAAUCAUAAUCGUCAUGCGCGAGAGGAGGAUAUUCUUGAAGUCAGAAGUUUAAACAGUUGGAGACCAGCACCAGACAUCUAUAACAGGACAGUUCCGCAGGAUAUGUAAUUUGA